CAUCACUGGCUGAGGUAAACUCAUUCAGUCCUUCAAUGCCAAUAUCCCCCUCAUCCAUGAUAAACCAGUAUAAAUUUGAAGAUGAACCAGAACUAAGAGAUCUCUUCAUUACAGUUGAUGAUCCUGAAAGCCACAUUACAGCCAUUGAAACAUUUAUUACAUACAGAGUAGUCACAAAGACAUCUCGUGGUGAAUUUGACUCCAGUGAAUAUGAAGUUCGAAGGCGAUAUCAGGAUUUCCUGUGGUUGAAGAGCAAACUUGAAGAAGCGCAUCCAACACUGAUUAUUCCUCCAUUGCCUGAAAAAUUCAUAAUGAAAGGAAUGGUGGAACGAUUUAGUGAUGAAUUCAUUGAGACUCGAAGAAAAGCUUUACAUAAAUUUUUGAACCGUAUUGCUGAUCAUCCAACUUUAACUUUUAAUGAAGACUUCAAAAUUUUUCUUACUGCACAGGCCUGGGAACUCUCCUCGCACAAGAAGCAGGGUCCCGGUUUGCUGAGCAGGAUGGGACAGACGGUCAGAGCUGUAGCAUCCUCAGUAAGAGGGGGAGUUAAAAAUCGUCCUGAAAUAUUUACAGAAAUGAACAAUUACAUGGAAACAUUUAGUCAGAAAAUAAACGUGCUAGACAAAAUAGCUCAUAGAAUUUACAAGGAAGAAAGGGAGUAUUUUAAUGAAAUGAAGGAAUACGGCCCUGUCCACACACUCUGGUCAGCAUCGGAAGAAGAUAUAGCAGACUCCCUAAAAGGUGUUGCCAGCUGCAUCGACAAGUGUUGCAAGGCUACGGAGAAGCGAAUGGCAGGGCUCUCAGAAAACCUGCUGCCGAUUUUACAUGAAUACGUUCUCUACAGUGAAAUCCUGAUGUUCUCAGAAGAGAUUGGGAAACUUGAAGACAAAGUCGAAUGUGCCAAUAACGCUCUGAAAGCGGAUUGGGACAGGUGGAAGCAAAACAUGCAGUGUGAUAUGAGAUCAACGUUCACUAAUGUGGCUGAGAAUAAUCUCCGUUAUUAUGAAGAGUGCCUUGCUACAUGGGAGUCCUUCCUAGCAUCUCAAACAGUGGAUCUUCACGUGGAAGAAGAUUCUGAAGACAGGCCUUGAGUAAUAUCUCUGCUCGAUCUCUGCCUUUUCUCUGCAGUUUCUCCCAACCAAAGAAGUGCUUUAUACAAGAUCAGAUACAUUAUUAAAUUUAACUGUUAAUAAUCAGUGAAAUGCAGGAAACCAGCUUAUUGAAAACUCAGGUAUUCUAGUCCUGAAAUAUGUUUUGGAACAUGCUAUAAAUUGCUUUAUAUUGCUUAGCUGUGAUUUUACAUAUUUUUAUGCAAGUGUUUGCAUACAAUUGUUUUCAUAAAUAUUGCAUAAUUUGGAUAUAAAGUAUUUUAAAUAUGUACAAAUAGCUCCAUUUUAAUAAAAAGUUUAAUAAGGAAAGCUUGUCUUCAUUCUGUAUCCUAGUCUUUGAGAAGUAUUUUGGUGUUUUAGCAUGCUUGUUAUAUUCUCUUUGUUGAGUAAUUUCCUGUACUUGUAAAAUUACCUACCGUAGUCUUUGGGGAGCUCUUUAGGAUUAUUUUAAUGGAUUGUGCUAGUCACCCGAUGGCAACGUGGUACGGAAAGAUGCCGAACAUGUUCUGCGAGAUUAGUGCUGCUUUAAAGUACUGUUAAUUCAGUUUUCAGUUUGCAGUAUUUACAUGUCUAUUAAACAUCUUCAAUUCGGCAUUUUUUAAAGGAUGAAGAAAAAACUGACAGUUCAUGAAACAGACUGUUUCUACAGUGGUACAACGGUAGUCGCAGCACUGGUCCUGCCAACACGAGAGCCUCCAUUUGGAGUUUGCAGGAUCAACCCUGUUACUCGCAUGGCUGAUCCUCCUGUAAUCCUUAACUUCCUCCCUCUUUGGAUAGCCAGCGUGGAAGGGAAAGGACAAGAGCGUUUUGCAUUAAAAUUAUUAGCUCGUUCACUCAUGCAACAUACAUUAAAGUGUUCCAGUCAUUGAAUUAUUCCACCCAAAGGGCUGUCGGUCUAGCACUUGUAAUUCCUGCAGUUGUUCUCCCUGGUGGUGAAGGUCCGAGCAAGC